AUGAAUCGUCCGAGACGAAGAGCGGCGGCUCAAAGGUCUAUGAAUAUUGUGAGAGCACUUUUUUGAAUGUGUUCAGUUGCCGAUUGUCAGAUCAGAAUCGAAUCGAGACGUCGUCGCCGUCUGGUCCGCCCGAUCGGCGGGAGGGCUCAAGUGCACGAGGUCCAUGGUCCGACGUGGAACUUGUUUGCCUAUACCGAAGCGGAACUGUUGAAUGCGAGGGCGAACGGAAUGUGAGUAGAGGGGAGAAUGGACGUUUUGCAACUGCUCGAUGCCUAAGCGGAAUAAAACUGAAAAGUUGCGGAAUGUCUUGUUGCUAAAAUACGCUUGAAUUGUCGCGUACACUCACGGCGCGUUUGUUCGGCAAUAGUCCAGUUGCAAAACGUCCCGAUUCCUCACACAGACCAAUCAGCAUCCUCGUGUUUUUCGUUCGCAACCCUGACGAACCAGCUGUGGAUCCUCAAAACGCCGCCGAACUGGCUCCACAGCUGAUACUUCCCGAAGACCUGUUCGCACGACUUCCCGACCUGUCUGCAAUGGCCGAACGGAACCAUCGGUUCGUGAGGAACUUUUGAAAAAUGUUCGGGGGGUUGUUCAGAGAAAUGGUCAUGUUCAUUUUGAGAAGAAGACGCCGCGGCCGAUUGUGA